UCCAGGCAUUUGGAAGAAGAGAGUGAAAACCGUACAAGUGAAAAUCGUUCGGCAUUCAUGCAUACAAACCCUAGCUAAGGAGGUUCGCAGGAAGCUAGGCUGGCUAGCUAGCAUGGCUAAUGUUACUGCCUGCACCGGCCCGGCUACUGUACUCUCUGGACUACCUGCGCCGGUGCCAUUCAAGGACGUCGGCGGCGGCGACGGUGAUGCCGGGCAGCAGGACGCCGACGCCUCAGCGCCGGAGGAGUACGCGAGCGCCGUCAUCUCCGACCUCCCGAGCAACCCGAAGCUGUUCCUGCGCCGCUACCAGGGCACGUGGGUGCUGGAGUCAUGGGUGCCGGGGAUCGUCGCCAUCCAGCGGGGCUUCGCGCCGCGCGGCGGCGACGUCAUCCUCGCCAGCCCGCCCAAGUGCGGCACCACGUGGCUCAAGGCCCUGGCCUUCGCCACCAUGGCGCGCGGCGUUCACCCACCGGCCGGCGACCCCGGGCACCCGCUCCUCCGCGUCAACCCGCACGACUGCGUCCCCUUCAUGGAGAAGCUCUUCGCCGCCGGGCUGGGGAGCAAGGUCAUGGACGCGCUGCCGUCGCCGCGGCUCAUGGCCACGCACAUGCACCACUCCGUCCUGCCGGCCUCCAUCAAAAAGAACCCCGACUGCAAAAUCGUCUACAUAUGCAGGGAUCCGAAGGACAUGUUGGUUUCUAUGUGGCAGUUCUCCAGGAGGAUUCGACCAGACCUUGAAUUAUCCGACCUGUUGGAGGCAGCCUGCGACGGCAGCUGCCUGAGCGGCCCCAUCUGGGACCAUGUCCUUGGGUACUGGAAUGCCAGCAAGGUGAGCCCGGAGACGGUGCUGUUCCUGAGAUACGAGGAGAUGCUGCAAGACCCCGUCAGCAAUGUCGUCAAGCUGUCGCGGUUCCUGGGACGGCCGUUCUCGCCGGCUGAGGAGGAGGCGGGGGUCGCCAUGGACGUGAUGAGGUUGUGCAGCUUCGAGAAGCUGAAAGAUCUGGAGGUGAACAAGGCAGGCUCAGGCUCAGGAUCGCCAUCCCUGCGAGGCGUUCGUGAAGGUGCCUUCGUGAACAGCUCCUACUUCAGGAGAGGCGAGGCGGGAGACUGGGCGAACCACAUGACGCCGGAGAUGGCCCGGCGUCUGGACGCUGUCAUGGAAGAGAGGUUCUGCGGAUCAGGCUUCUCCUUCUCCUGAUCGAUCGGUCAUCGGCGUACCCUGUUUGUGUCAUCACACGAUGAACCGAUAAAGAUUUCCGCAAGCCAUCAACUGCCUCUUCAUUCUCAUGCAUGCGCCUCUUAUUAGUUAGAUGCCUGAUAAAUGCACACUGUUGCGCACAGAUGCACAGUUGACGAUGAGCUCUAGAUGAUAAUAUUACUCCUGAAUUGCUCCAUAAUUCUAUUAAGGAAUUUUUCUUAAUAUAUUGAUACACAGCUCUCCUGCAUGUUUGAGAAAAAAAUUAUAUUUAUAAAGAAAAUAUAGCAGGAGACAAUGAGGCAGUGCAAUAUAUAAAAUCAAUUUGGAAA